CUCUAUUUGAAGAGAGAGGGUAGGGAUUGAAGCGGCUUUUACGCUACACAGUCCUUUUCUUCGACUCCAAACUCACAAAUGCUCAAGGACUGAACCACUCACACUUCUAUCCAAACCCUAAUUUCUUCCCCAAUUCUCUCUACUCAAUCCGAUAUCUCCAAAUUUUGCCUUCGAAAACGCUCCAAGAUUUCGUACGAAACGCUUUUCCCUCUCCGAUCGGUUCUACUGCGCUUCCACAAAAGUUGGUCGCGUAAUAUCGGUCGUGAGUCAUCAUUUUCAAUUUUCUUCCAGGGUUUUAAUUCCACAAUGGCUGGUGAUUCCCUCGUGAAUGUUCCUAAUGGCAUUCUCAAUACAAUUCCUGAUCCACAGAGGACUUACCAAGUUGUUGUGGCUGCAACUCAAAAUAUGGGUAUUGGUAAGGAUGGGAAAUUACCUUGGAAAUUGCCUUCUGAUCUCAAAUAUUUCAAGGAUGUUACUUUGACUACAUCAGAUCCUGUAAAAAAGAAUGCAGUCAUUAUGGGUAGAAAAACCUGGGAGAGCAUUCCGCUGGAGCAUCGGCCUCUGCCUGGUCGCCUUAAUGUUGUUCUGACUCGUUCUGGGAGUUUUGAUAUUGCAACUGCUGAGAAUGUUGUGAUUUGUGGAAGCAUUGGUUCUGCUUUGGAGUUAUUGGCAGCAUCUCCUUAUUGUCUAUCAAUUGAGAAAGUGUUUGUUAUCGGAGGUGGUCAGAUUUUGAGGGAAGCCCUCAAUGCUCCUGGUUGUGAUGCCAUCCACAUUACAGAAAUUGAGACUAACAUUGAAUGUGACACUUUCAUCCCUGCUGUUGAUAUGUCUGUCUUCCUGCCAUGGUACUCAUCUUUCCCGUUGGUGGAAAACAACAUUCGCUAUUCUUUCACUACUUAUGUUCGUGUGAAGAAUAUUACAAUUGAACCCCUUAGUCAGGCCAAUGGUCUGAAAUCUGAUAAUAGCUUGAAUUUUGAUAAGUUUGAGGUGAAGAAAUUCUCUUUCCUGCCUAAGAUGAUUUUUGAGAAACAUGAGGAGUAUUUGUAUCUGAGACUGGUUCAAGACAUCAUCUCUGAUGGCACUUCUAAAGAUGACAGGACAGGGACCGGUACUCUAUCAAAAUUUGGUUGCCAGAUGCGGUUCAAUCUGCGUAAAUCUUUUCCACUUCUUACAACUAAGAAAGUAUUUUGGCGAGGUGUUGUUGAGGAACUUCUGUGGUUCAUCAGCGGCUCAACAAAUGCUAAGGUCCUACAGGGAAAGGGCAUUCAUAUAUGGGACGGAAAUGCAUCCAGAGACUACCUUGAUAGUAUUGGUUUAGUUGAUAGAGAAGAAGGUGACUUAGGUCCCGUUUAUGGUUUCCAGUGGAGACACUUUGGUGCUAGGUAUACAAACAUGCAUGCUGACUACACUGGCCUUGGAUUUGAUCAGUUGUCAGAUGUUAUUGACAAGAUUAAGAAUAAACCAGAUGAUCGGCGGAUCAUUCUAUCAGCUUGGAACCCCUCUGAUCUCAAAUUGAUGGCACUUCCCCCUUGCCACAUGUUUGCUCAGUUCUAUGUAGCCAACGGGGAGUUAUCGUGUCAAAUGUAUCAGCGCUCUGCUGACAUGGGUCUGGGUGUGCCAUUUAACAUUGCAUCUUAUUCCCUCUUGACAUUCAUGAUUGCUCACGUUUGUGAUCUUGUUCCAGGUGAUUUUGUCCAUGUUAUUGGGGAUGCUCAUGUUUAUCGCACUCAUGUCAGACCUUUGCAGGAGCAGCUUCAGAAACUACCUAAACCUUUUCCAAUUUUGAAGAUCAAUCCUGAGAAGAAGGAUAUAGAUUCCUUUGUGGCAGAUGACUUUAAACUCAUGUGUUAUGAUCCUCACCAGAAAAUUGAAAUGAAAAUGGCGGUGUAGAGUUACUACUAUGUGGAAGAUAUGUUGUUCCCUCUUGUCAAAACAAUAUCUGCUCUUAAUUUUGAGGCACAGCUGCCGGAGGGUUUUGUCGGCAUAGACUUUUACGUACAAAUAAAAAACUGCUAGCGGGAUAUUACCCAAUUAUUACAUAUGUAGGGACUGAAAAUCCUUUAGUUCGACACAGAAAUAGUGGAUCUAAGGUGAUUUAGGAUUUUGCGUUUGGUUUGGUUUGGUUUGGACCUGUUAUAUGAAGUUUACACCUUUUUAAGUGCUGCAUAUACCAGUGUACCGAUGAACAGACUUGGAUUAUGAGUUCUUCCUAGUUCUCUCUUUAUUACAGAUUGCUAAACCUAGAGAUGUUUUGAUGACCUCAAUUGUUGUGGUGGGAGACCCAGGAUAUCAGAAAAAAUUUGAUUUGGUUUGAAUUUUGUUUCUGUUUU